UUUCGUUUAUUUUUUUAUUUCAGAACCCGAUCUCGGCAUGCCACAACACGAAGCGCAAAGAUACUUCCUCCAACUGCUCUCCGGCGUACAAUACCUACAUCAGCAUGGUAUAGCGCAUCGUGACUUGAAGCCGGAAAAUUUAUUACUAGACGAACAUGAUAAUAUCAAAAUAUCGGACUUUGGCAUGGCAACCAUGUUUAGAUAUAAGGGUAAAGAACGUCUAUUGGACACCCGUUGUGGCACACUGCCGUAUGUGGCGCCUGAAGUGCUCGUUAAGCCCUACCAUGCGCAACCCGCCGAUCUCUGGUCCUGCGGAAUUAUACUGGUCACAAUGCUGGCUGGUGAACUGGCCUGGGAUCAACCUUCUACUAAUUGUCAAGAAUUCAAAAAUUGGACUGAAAAUGAACGCUGGUCAACACAAACGCCAUGGAGUAAAUUGGACACGCUGGCGAUAUCGUUGCUACGCAAAGUAUUAGCCACAAAUCCCACAUAUCGACUGACACUCGACAAAAUCGUCGACGAUAAAUGGUGUAACAUGCAAUUCAAUGAAAAUGAACACUCGCACGAUCUCGUCGACUCGGCGGCCACACUCGACAUCCACUCGCCGAAAGCCAAACGACCGCGCCAACAUUCAAGCAACCAUCGACUCAACAAUCACUUUGUCGACGAUACAAUAUCGCGCAAUUAUUGUUCACAACCCAUGCCCACGAUGCCUAUAAAUCUGACGGAUGUGUGCAGUGCACCUCGUGGCGCCAAAAACAACAACAACGCUGCACAUGAAGCACGCUUUAAUUUCUGUUUCUCACAACCAGCCCUGCUGGACGAUCUGUUGGUAUGCACCCAAAUGAAUCAAACACAAUCGGCUUCGCAGAAUGUCUUUCAUCGUUUGGUGCGUCGCAUGACACGCUUCUUUGUUACCACGCGCUGGGAUGAUACCAUCAAGCGGCUGGUGUCGGCCAUCGAACGCUUGGGUUUUGCCUGCAAAGUGGGCGAUGGUGGUGUAGUUACCAUAUCGACAAUUGAUCGGCGGAAACUGCGUCUCGUAUUCAAGGCGUACAUUAUUGAGAUGGACGGCAAGAUUUUGGUGGAUUUCCGUCUUUCGAAAGGCUGUGGUUUAGAAUUUAAGCGCCGCUUUAUUAAAAUUAAGGAAGCGCUGGAGGAUAUCGUGCUGAGAGGACCGACAACGUGGCCCAUUGCGAUUGCAACGAAUGCUGUGCCUUGAAGGAGCUUGUAGCUGGUUGGCUGACGGAUGAUAGCAAAAAUGCGUAGCACGUUUUUUUACUUUAUACUGAAGCUGGAAGGAGUAGCAACAACCAUCUUUAAAUUUAAUUUAUUAGUAAUAAUUUUGUACUUUAAUCCAAAGUCAUCUUGCUAUACGAAUGUUUACAAAGAAAAUAUGUAUUCUAUAAACGCUUUUUAUUUUAGUGUUAUAGCUGCUCAUCGAUUAUUACAUAUUAUUAUUGUUUUACUAUUCAUAUUUUCAUUAACCUUCACAUUUACAUAGUUUUAGUUAAUGACUUAGUUACAUUUGGGCUGUAUUAAUUUAUUAAAAGAAAAGAGAAAAACGACAAAUGUUUGUAUUUAUACACAUUUAAAAAAAGAAUAUUAGGUAAAUAGAAAAAUACACGAAA